ACGUCACCGAGGGGCGUGUCCUCGCCAACAGAGUCGGUCUGUUUGGAGCUAACGUAACUGAAGGGACAGAGCUCAAGUGUUGUUUUGAAUUUUGCUGGAAAUUGCCGACUGCAAAAAGAGGGGAGGGGGAUUUAAGAGCCCGCAAAAGAAGAAAAUGGCGGAUGUCGGAGACUAUGAAAUUCGGCCGGCUCACCCCACGGCGUCCCGCUACAACGGUCCGGUCGUCGGUUCGUCCGCGGGCCAGAACGCAGCAACGGUAACGUCUGGUCCUCGGAUAGUGCGGAUCGUCAAGUCGGAGUCUGGCUACGGUUUCAAUGUUCGCGGUCAGGUCAGCGAAGGAGGGCAGCUUCGGAGCAUCAACGGGGAACUGUACGCUCCUCUUCAGCACGUCAGCGCUGUUCUACCCGGAGGUGCAGCAGACCGAGCGGGGAUAGCGAAGGGUGACAGGAUCCUUGAAGUGAAUGGGGUGAACGUGGAAGGAGCGACCCAUAAGCAAGUGGUGGACCUGAUCCGUGCAGCGGAGAAGGAGCUGAUUCUGGCCGUUCUGUCCGUUCCACCCCAGGAAGCUGAUGGAUUAGAAGGAGGGGAGGAUGUCCAGCCGAACUACGACUACAGUGACAAGCAGGCGGUGCCCAUUUCAAUCCCCAUGUACAAACAUGUGGAGCAGCACUCGGAGAGGUUUGUGGUGUACAACGUGUACAUGUCAGGCAGACAGCUGUGCUCGAAGCGCUAUAGAGAGUUUGCCAUCCUGCACCAAAACCUGAAGAGGGAAUUCUCAAACUUCAACUUCCCAAAGCUUCCUGGGAAAUGGCCCUUCUCCCUGUCCGAACAGCAGCUGGACGCUCGGCGCAGAGGCCUGGAGGAGUACCUGGAGCGAGUGUGUUCUGUGCGGGUGAUAGGGGAGAGUGACAUCAUGCAGGAGUUUCUCUCUGAAUCAGAUGAGAACUACAACGGAGUCACAGACGUGGAGCUGCGGAUAGCGCUGCCUGACAAAACCACCAUCUCUGUGCGGAUUCGUAAAAACAGCACAACGGACCAGGUGUACCAGGCAUUAGUGCUGAAGGUUGGAAUGGACAGUAUUAUGGCAAGCUACUUUGCUCUUUUUGAAGUCAUCAACCAUUCUUUUGUGAGGAAACUCGCUCCAAACGAGUUCCCCCACAAGCUUUAUGUGCAGAACUACACAUCCGCCGUUCCUGGGACGUGCUUAGCGCUCCGCAAAUGGCUGUUCAGUGUCCAAGAAGAAGAGCUGCUCAGAGACAACCCGCUGGCACUACACUACUGCUUCCAUCAGGCACUGGACGAUGUGAAGAAGGGAUUCAUAAAAACAGAGGACAAAUCCUACCAGCUGCAGAAACUGGCAGAGCAGCGCAAGAUGGCCACAUACCUGAGCCUGCUGCGGACAUGCGAGGGCUAUAAUGAGGUGGUCUUCCCCCACUGCUCCUGUGACUCCAGGCGGAAGGGCCAUGUCAUCACCGCCAUCAGCAUCCAUCACUUCAAGCUGCACGCGUGCACCGAGGACGGCACGCUGGAGAACCAGGUAAUAGCUUUUGAGUGGGCAGAGAUGCAGCGCUGGGACACUGACGAGGAAGGCAUGGCUUUCUGCUUCGAGUACGCCAGAGGAGAGAAGAAACCGCGCUGGGUUAAGAUUUUUACUCCAUAUUUCAACUACAUGCAUGAAUGCUUUGAGCGUGUCUUUUGUGAGCUGAAGUGGAGGAAGCAGGUGGAGGAAGAGGAAUCUGAUAAAGACAACAAAAACUGCAGCAACAAUGAGUACCUGCCUCCUCUGGAGACGCAACAGAAGGGAUGGCGCCCCCUAGGGGGGGAAAUUGCAACUUCCUAAAAAAAAAAGAAGAAAAGGGUAUUCUUCACUCAAACUAGAACUGAUCCACUCGCAUCAUCACAGCCACCUACAGAGAGCGACCAUUGACAAACAGAAGAAGUGAGAGUCUGAGGCGGAGGGGGAAAAAAAGUCACUCCCAAAAUAAAUCCAAGGAUGGGCAGAGUGAGAAGAGAAGCGAAGGAGAAUCAGCAUCAACCAGCUUUUGUGUCAUUUACUAGAUCUCCAACGUGUGUCUGUUGUUUUUCCUCCAUGCAUCUACCCUGUGAUGUUUGGCUCAACACUAGAAAAGUCUCACCACUGGACGGGUCGAGGUGUGUAAGCGGCGUACAGGUCGAACACUCUCGCAGCGGAGAGAGCGCCUCUGUGAAAGAGCUGGCUUCUGGGAUGACUAUUGGGUCCAGAUGUUCUGCUGCUGGGUCUCGAAUGGCAACCGAGCCGAGAUGCAGAGAAAAAAGAAGAGGAGAGGUACAGCAGACAAUGGGUUCUACUUCUUAAAGUCAGUGAUAAACACAAGUAAAAUCCUGCUUUACACUUACACUGGUGCUGGACAUUAACAGAUUUUUUUUUUUUUCUGUUUUUGGGGUCCUGACAUUGUCGGAGAAUAUGGCCAGCACAAAUGUAACAAUGAAAAUGGAUGUGUUCGUAAUUAUUUGUAUGUUAACAAUCAUGCCUCUGUUAAGAAAAUAUAGAUUAAUAUAAGACCAAGUAAAAUAGUUUUUUUUUUUUUGUUUGUUUUGAUCUGACAUAAUGAAACGCUAAGUGAACUGCUGGCAGGAACCUCAAACUAAUCUCCAUCUUUCACCUCGUCCUCCAGCCUAAUUCAGCAGAGAGUGACUUCUGUUGGCGCUCGGCCAUUAAUCUCAACAUAUGGAUAUUUAUCCUCAUUCCAAGUGAUUUUUUUUUUUGUAUUUUAGUGGCAAACUGACAGAGCUGGGUGGUUGUGAAGAGGUGGUGUCGACAUUCUCAGCUCCUGAACAAAAUACAUAGAGCCAAAGCUUUAAUAUUUUUGAAAUGUCUCACUUUAUGCAAUGUCAGAUUGUGAAUAUAAACGUGACGGGACGGGAUUCACGAGGUCCUGUGUGCCGAGCUGCAGUUUGUUCAGCGGCCACCAGGGAGCAGCAGCAGCUAAGAUGGGGAGCUGGAAUGGAAAUCUUCUCAGUGCGAUUCCCUCCGGGUCUGUAAGCCACCCGAAAGUAUCAGUCUCCUGCAGUUUGUCCAUUAAGCAAGUCAGGAGGAAAAGAUGUGAUGUGUGUGCGAAAGCACAUGUGCAUGAAGGUGUGUGACUGCCAUCCGCAUUCAGAGUGAUUCCUCCUCCUGCACAUACAUGGAUACAGUAUUUGAUGUGUGCAAAUGCACUUGAUAAACUUUUACAUUUGA